AUGUCUUUGAACAUCUUCGUUAUUGGAAAUGGUGGAAGAGAGCAUGCGAUUGUGUGGAGACUUUUGCAAUCAUCCAGUGUCAAUCACAUUUAUGUAGCGCCAGGUAACGGAGGUACAACAACUCAGUCAUCAAAGGUAACCAAUGUUCCAAUCAGUUCAUCACCGAAGGAUUUUCAAAAAUUGCAAGAUUUUGCUGUUGAAAAGAAGAUCAAUUUGGUCGUUCCUGGUCCUGAACAACCAUUGGUAGAUGGUAUUUCUCAAGUAUUCACAUCUGUUGGUAUUCCUGUUUUUGGUCCUAGUGCCAAAGCAGCCAUAAUGGAAGGUUCGAAAGCCGCUUCUAAAGAAUUUAUGGAAAGACAUCAAAUUCCAACCGCUAGAUUCAAGAAUUUCACAAACGUUGAUGAAGCUAAAAAAUAUAUUGAAGCAAUUGAUUACAAAUUGGUCUUGAAAGCUGACGGGAUUGCUGCUGGAAAGGGUGUUUUGAUUCCAGAGACCAAAGAAGAAGCAUUGAAGGGGUUAAAUGAAAUUAUGGUGGAUAAGAAUUUUGGUGAUGCUGGUAACGAAAUUGUUAUUGAAGAAUACCUUGAAGGUGAUGAGUUAAGUAUUUUAACAAUUACCGAUGGCUACACUUUUUACAACUUACCAGCUGCUCAAGAUCACAAAAGGAUUGGUGAUGGGGAUAAAGGGUUAAACACUGGAGGUAUGGGAGCUUAUGCUCCAGCACCAAUUGCCACAAAAGAAGUAUUGACCAAGAUAGAUGAAGAAAUCAUCAAGCCUACAAUCAACGGAAUGAGAAAAGAUGGUUUUCCAAUGUGUGGUAUCUUAUUUACUGGUAUCAUGUUGACCCCAUCGAAGCAACCAAAAGUUUUGGAGUACAAUGUUAGAUUUGGUGAUCCAGAAACUCAGACUGUUUUGCCUUUGUUGAGUGAUGAUACUGAUUUGGCUCAGGUGAUGCUUGCAGCAGCUGAGCAUAGAUUAGAUUCAGUGAAAAUUGCCACUAAGCCAUUGUUCUCCACCACUGUUGUCAUGGCAGCUGGUGGAUACCCAGAAUCAUACGGCAAAGGAGAUGAAAUAACAAUCAAAGAACCGUUACCAAAGGACACAUUUCUUUUCCACGCUGGUACCAGUGAGACCGAUGGCAAGGUUGUAACAAGUGGAGGAAGAGUUAUUGCCGCUACUGCAUUAGGUGGUUCCUUAAGGGAGUCGGUUGAUAGAGCUUACGUUGGUGUUGACCAUGUCAGUUUCCACAAGAAAUACAACAGAAAAGAUAUUGCUCAUAGAGCAUUUCGUGAUGCUGAUAAAUUCAAGCAAAGUAGUGGUGUCACUUAUGCUGAAUCCGGUGUCUCUGUCGACAAUGGUAACUUGUUAGUACAAAACAUCAAAAACAAGGUCAAAUCUACUGCAAGACCAGGUGCUGAUUCCGAUAUCGGUGGUUUUGGUGGUUUGUUUGAUUUGAAAGCAGCCGGUUACGAUACCGCCAACACUUUGUUAGUUGCUGCCACUGAUGGUGUUGGAACCAAAUUGAGAAUUGCUCAGAUCAUGAAUAUACACAACACCGUGGGUAUCGAUUUGGUAGCCAUGAAUGUGAAUGAUUUGGUUGUGCAAGGUGCCGAACCAUUGAUGUUUUUGGAUUAUUUUGCCACUGGUAAGUUGGAUAUCGAAGUAGCUGCUCAAUUUGUGGAGGGUGUAGCAAAUGGAUGUAUUCAAGCUGGAUGUGCUUUGGUUGGCGGUGAAACUUCUGAAAUGCCAGGAAUGUAUGAUGAAGGACAUUACGAUACUAACGGUACUGCCGUUGGUGCUGUUGACAAACACAAGAUAUUGCCUAAAAUUGCCGACAUGAAGGCUGGUGAUGUUCUCAUUGGAUUGAGGUCAAACGGUAUCCACUCCAAUGGGUUUUCAUUGGUGCGUAAAAUCAUUGAAAUUAGCGAUUUUGAUUAUCAAUCACCAGCACCAUGGAGUAAAUCUAAAACAAUUGGUGAGGAGGUUCUCGUGCCUACAAAAAUUUAUGUCAAGCAAUUGUUGCCUAGUAUAAAUGAAAGUUUGGUAUUAGGGUUAGCCCAUAUUACUGGCGGUGGAUUAGUCGAGAAUAUUCCACGUGCGUUACCUAAGCAUUUACAAGCAAAAGUUGAUAUAAGUAAGUGGCAAGUUCCAGAAAUUUUCAAAUGGUUUGGCAAACAAGGACAAGUACCAGUUCACGAUAUGUUAAAGACAUUCAAUUUAGGUGUUGGUAUGGUUUUGAUUGUUGACAGGGCAAAUGUCGAUAAAGUUUUGGAAAGCUUGGAGAAUGCUGGUGAGAAAGGUGCACUUGUGAUUGGAGAGUUGGUUGAAAAGAAGGAAGGAGAAGAAGGAUGUAUUGUUGACAAUGCUGAAGGAUUGUAUUAA